AUGGCGACUGCUCAACUCCCCGCGAGCUCCCGGUCUUCCCGGCUUGCGGAUGACGCUGCGACCGCUGCGCUCUACGUGACACACCCCGAACGCAAGGCGCCGAUCCGUAACUCGACCGCAACCGAGGAAUUCAAUCCCCGUGUCACGGGCAGCUCGCCUAAUCUUAGCCGCGCCUCCGCCAGCGCCGCCCUCCUUGCGCACGCGAGGUCCAAGCCCGUUGAAAUAUGGCGACCUGGACGACUGCCGGCCGCGGAGAAGGCCGCCUUAUGCGUGAAGGACUACACUCCCCCGGAGAUACCGAUGCCAAAACCCAGCACCGAGUACAGCGCCGAGGGGCUUGAAGCUGCCGUGCUGGCUGUCCGCGACCAGAAGAGCGUGGCCAGUCUGCCACCGACAGCCACGGGCCCCGAGCAAGAUAUUUCGGUCAGGGCCGCGGUCGGCGGCCACCCGCAAGAAAAAGCGCGUCUGGCGGCGACGGGGGCUUACGCAAGGGCGCGAGCUGACUCUGGACUGGGUGAGUCUGAAGCGUCGCAUGCGCGAUCCGCUGCGGAGCGAGCGCGUGUCGAGGACGAAGACCAGCUGGCUCACACCGACCGCGCCAAUGAAGCUAGUCGUAUCCAGCAUGCUCAUACGAAUGCUCGACUUUACACUUCGUCACCUCCUGUCGCGACGGAGGUAAAGGAGCGCAAUCACAGGAACUCGCUUCGCGCUGCUGCGAUCGUCAUGGCUAAGGAUAUGCACGAUGUCCCCGAUACUGUUAACACGGGAGUAACGGAUACUGCUCUCUCCGCAGCGCAGAAAGGGCAGUACCAGGCGCGUUCGAGGAAGGCCGUUAGUGGUGAGGCAGAUAGAACGACCACCCUACGCCAAGCAAUCGCGUUGCAAGACGCUGCCCAAAAGCGUGCUGCCGAGAAGCUCGCUCAGAUGAAGGACCCGAACGCCGAGUACCUCGAGUACUAUGGGACCACGCCGCAGCCACAACAGUCCCGCUGGGCGACCCGCCGCAAAAGAACCUCGAGCGAUGCGGAUUCUGCAGAGGUGGACGUGGAGCGGUCGAGACACAUCCGCAGCCAGAUGUUCAGUCUGCAGAAGAAGAUGAACCGGGUCGAUAACCAGAGAGAAAAAGAUCGCGAGCUGCUCAUGAAGGCGGCGCAGCGUAAUGUUGAUGCCACCAUGCAGGACCUCGAGAUGAAAGUCUAUGCCGAUACGGGGCGUCCUACGCCUUCUGUGCUGAAGGAAUGGGAUAAGGUUGCUCAGGGACGUGCGCGGAAAGAAAUCGAGACCGCUGAAGCUACUGGUGGUGUUCAAGGGGAGCAAGUCAAUAUCGGUACCCACCAGUACAUGGAUAUGGCAGAUGUUGAAGCUGUUGCGCGCUCUCGCCUUCAACCUGCGCUUGAUGAGAUCACGGACCAGGCGGAGACGCAGAGGGCUCAUGAUGUGGAGGCCCGCCUGGAUGAAGAGGAGCAGAAGAGACAUGCGGCUGUGGAGCGUCAGCGGGAGGCUGAUCUGAGGGCUGAAGAGAAGCGUCAGAAGAAAGGUGCUGCAAAAGAGGUGACGAAACCUGAAGCCAAAGGCAAGAAGCUCUUUCCUGCCGGACUCUUUAGAAUGAGGACCAAGCGAGGUCGCAUUGGGAAACCUAUCGCACAAGAGGCCCCGACACAGGAGGGUGUAGCGGCGGUUCAGGAAGUGCCUGCUGCACAAGAGGCUGGUCCCGAACAAGAGGCUUCCACUGCGGAGGGUGGUCUCUCCAGAGAGGCCCAUGGCCAGAUAGCUGCUGACGAGCCGGAAGGCGCUGCAUCUGCGAUUGCUGCCGCGGCUCAGCCAAAGACUCCUGCCGCUGAGGGCGAAGGUGGUUUCUCCGGAGAAGCCUAUGGUCAGAAGGCUGCUGAUGAGCCGGAAGGCGCUGCAUCUGCGAUUGCUGCCGCGGCUCAGACAAAGACUCCUGCUGCUGAUGGCGAAGGUGGUUUCUCAAGAGAAUCACAAGGCCGGACAGGUGCUGACGAGCCGGAGGGCGCAGCAACAAUGCAGGUCGCCGCGAUGGCUCCGAUUGCGAAACCCACCACGCUGCCCACCAGUGAAGAUAUGCAGCGUGACACAAGCCUUCCCGAGAUUGAGGACUAUGAUAAUACAGCCAUCACUGCGUCGGGCGCUGCUGAUAUGCGCAAUAGCCAUCCUAUAACAAGCCCGCGAGCAGACCGCAAACUGACCACCUGGUUUCGCGAUCGACUUAUUCGUCGGUCUAGUGAUGGCCCAGUCGCUGUGUACCCUCACCAGCCGGGCCCUGAGUUCGCGACGGACAGUGAGUCCGGGUUCACGGGAGGUGCUGCUCUGACAAGAAAAGACGAGCCCCGUGGUGCAGCACUGAGCUCACACCCUGUUACCGGGGCGGAUCUGGAGCCACAUGACACUCGACACUCUGGAAAUAACGUCGGCAAUGUCGAGGGGAGAGCCAUGUCUCCGACUGAGGAAGAGACCGUUGAGCCUCCUCCGGCCCAGCAGAAUGGUGGUGGCAAGAGGAACCGCCUGCGUCGGAGUUUCAUGAAGUCCGUGUCGCGCACUACUCAAGAAUCCAAGACGGAUGGUGUCACAAAGGAUAGCGGCGAGGGAUCUCAGACGCUCUCUGACUCUAAGAGCCGGGAUGUUCAGGGUCUUCGGAACAGCGCCGUUGAACAGGGCUUGCCUGUUCCGCCAGCCCUCGGUGAAGCUCCCAGCACCGGCCGCGAAUCAAGAUUUUCUGAGGAUCUGUGA